ACCAGAGAGCGAGGUUCUCAGCAGCAGAGAUGACAGCACACACUCUGAAGAUGACAGCAUCUGUUCAAUACAUAAGAAAACUGCUGGGAAAAAGCAGCUGUGCGACAAGCAACCUGUUGAACACCGGACACAAAACACAGAAGAACACUACUGAUUAUAAAACCAUCAGGAAUAAAGAUGGAAAAAGUCAUAAAAGAAACGUAGUGCAAUUCCAAGACAACACAACAGAGCAGUACAUACGGAAAAGUGUCGUUUUAAGAAGAAAAGAUAAUGAAACUUUUGGGUUUGACAUCCAGAUAAGCAGUGUUGAGAGGAGCAAUAGUACUGAGCAGGAUUUGGGCUCGUGUGUGUGUUGGGUGAAGGAGAACAGUAUGGCGGAGAGUAGUGGCUUAAUGACAGGUGAUGUUAUUAUAACGGUCAACAGUGUGUAUAUUGCUGGAUUCACUCAGCAGCAGAUCAGCAAUCUGGUUCAAAAGUCCUCCACCUUAAUGAUGGAGAUUAUCAGAGGUGCUACAGAAAAGCAGAGACAAUUGCUCAGCAAGCUCUAUCUCCUGCAGAAACAGUUUACAGAGAAAAGCGAAGAGCUUCAGACACUCAUCGCAGAGGAAGUGCGUCUAACAGGAGGUGCUGAGGAUAAAAUCCAGAAGCUAAAUGUCCUUUCUGCAGGAUCCUCUGCGAACCUUUGCUAACAGUGUGUUUAACAGACAGAGAGUUUUUCCCCCAGUUCUAAUACAAUCAAACACACCUAACCAAGGUUGUGGGCUUCACUGGAAAAUGACAGGCUAGUGCAUUAGAGCAGGGUUGAAACUAAGCUUUCUGGUAAAGUAGAUAGUGUAUCUUGUGCUCCUGAGCCAUUUUUAAAGUUAGUCCAGGAAAACAAAUCCUGAACAUAUUCUCAUUGAGAUCCCAUAAGAGACCCUGGUCAGACAGCAGACAGCAUAUUUCUGUAUUUUUAAACUCACUGCUACAUAGUGGUUUGAAUUAGUGAGUGAAAAGCUAAACAUUGAACUAUUUAUUUGAAUUAUACUGCAUCUCAACUGUAUUUGUGUAUUUUGCACUAUUAAGCAUUCAUUUUUUAUUGUCAGUUUAUUUAGUGUUAUCUGAUUUUCAAAAUGUGUUUUGUGUAUUUAUGUACCAAGUUCUCUAAUAUUUAUUAAUUUCCAUAUUUAUAUAAUGCCUCUUUAAUAAACUUUUAUAACAAACUGAUGUUUCGGUGC